AACAGUUUAGAGGCAAUGUCCACUUGCACAAGUGGCUGUAAUUAUUGUCCCAACAAUAUGCACAUUUUCUCUUGAUCCACUACUGUAUGAAUCAUCAAAUAGCAAGAAUGGCUUUUUCACAGGCUUUUCAACUCCUGCGGAUUACAGGCAUAGCUUUUGUAAUUUUACCUUACUUCAGUCUGGGGCUGUUGUCUGACUACAAGAUCUGUGGAGAUUCUGAAUGUGAAAGCUUGAUGAGCAGGGUGCAGGCCAUCAGGGACCACCAUGGUAAGGACUGCCGUUUCCUGAACUUCAGACAAGGAGACACCAUCUUUGUUUACCACAAACUGAUGGGAAAGAGGGAAGAUCUCUGGGCAGGCACUAUUGACAAACAGUUUGGCUAUUUCCCAAAGGAUGCAGUGCAAGAGGAGCAGGUUUAUGCAACUAUGGAGAAAGUAGUGCAAACACAGAAAUCAGAUUUUAUCUGUAUGAAUGAGUUUGGCUACCCCAUUGACUCCAGUCAUCUGGACAGUGAUGAUGAUGACAACAAUCAAAAAAUCCCAAACGAGGAGUCAAAAACCACCCAAACUGACCAAUGCACUGAUGACACUAGUGCUGAAAGUCCUUCAGCAUCAGUAAAUCCCUUUACAGAAUCUCCAGUUUCAGCACAGCAAUCUGAUGGCACAUCAAUAGAAGAAGGUGAAAACAAAAAUGCUGCUGAUGCUCCUGGCAGGAUUCACAAGGAAGUACAGGAGACUCCUGCAGUUCUGAUUGAACAAGAAGUGAUGAAGCAAAUUCUGGACUUUGUUCGUCAGAUCACUGAAGACUCAGCCUUUCAUGUUCAUGCAGUGAGAGAGCUCCUCAUGUGCAUUACUGUGCAGGUGGUCUCAGCGCUGCCUGAUGACUUCAGACCUGGGCCAGACCUAUAUGGGUUGCCAUGGGAACCAGUCAUCAUAUCCAGUCUGGUGGGGUUAGUGACUGUGCUGUUGUUCACCUGUAGAUGUUACAGCUCUGUCAAAAGCAGAAUGUAUCGAAAUAAAGAGCAGUGGAUGGCUGAGCAGGUUGCACAGCUACUGGAUGAUAAGUGUCAAGUCCUUGAGACGCUCAGUAGAUGUCAACAAGAGUAUGAUGAGCUGGAGGACUCACUGAGGGACAGUGGUGUCUUAGCCCAAACUCAAAAGACAGAACAUCUGGAGGUCAAAGCCAAGCAGUUGGAACAUGAUAAAACUGAGCUGGAGAGGGACCUAGAAGAGCUGAAGGAUCAACUGGAUCGGCAAAGAAAACAUCGGACGGAGCAAGAGAGGAGGAUAACAGUGCUUGAGGAGAGCAUGAAAACAUUCGAAGAAGAAACCAAAGCCCUGCAGUCACAGGAAGAACAGGCACAAACUACUCUGAAAGUAUACAAAAUGAACAGCGAUAGACUACAGAGGAAUCUGGAAACAGCCGGAGAAGAGAGCACACUGCUACAGGAGAGCAAUGCUCAGUUGAGGCAACAGGUGGAGGGAUGGGCAGAAAGAGUGAGUGAGUUGGAGGCGGACAUGAGGAGGUGUGAAGUUGCCCACAGUGGGAUGCAGCAGGAUGUGGCCAAUAAGGAUGAGCGUAUAAUGUCCCUGACAGACCGCCUGCUGAGAAUGAAGGCUUGGGAUUCAGACCUGGAGGAAGAGGAGGGUGGGGAAGGAGGAGAGAAGGAGGUGUCCAGUGGGACAGCAGGAAAGGGAGAUAAGAAUGGAAGAACAGACAUAAUGGACACACAAGGCCAACUCCAGAAAGUCCAGAAGCUCAUUUAUGCUGCCAAGUUGAAUGCAGACCUGAAAUCAGUAGAUGAGGAGAAGGACAGAGUAUUUGCCAAACUGAAUGAUGAAGUUAAAGCUAAAGAAGACCUGCAAAUGAGCAUUAAGGAGCUGGAGAAUGAGAAAUUAUCUCUGCAGUCAGAUGCUGAGCACUACACAGAUCAGGUCCAGCGGUUACAACAGAAACUCCAGAUUAUGACAGAAAUGUACCAGGAGAAUGAGCUCAAGUUGCACAGACUGCUGACAGUCGAGGAGAAGGAACGCCUGCAAAAAGAAGAGAAGUUACAUAAAGCAGACAAAAACAUUGCAUUGGCCAUGGAGGAACUCAACAAUUACAGACAACGAGCAGAAGAGGUGCAGGAGGAGCUGGAUAAAACCAAACAUUCUUACCAAACCCAAAUAUCAGCGCAUGAGAAGAAGGCUCACAAUAACUGGCUGGCAGCCCGAGCAGCAGAGAGAGAACUAGCAGACAUCAGGAGAGAGAAUGCCCUCCUUCGACAGAAGCUGACAGACACACAGUUUAAACUAGAUGCCCUUGAUAAAGAUCCCUAUGCCUUGAAGAGUCUGGCUCGACCACUGCCUUUUCGAGCUGAAAGGUCACCAUACGGUCCUUCUCCUCUGGGUCGACCAACAUCUGAAACCAGACCUUUCCUGUCCCCUCCUACACUAAUGGAUGGGCCUCCUGCUAGAUUGUCUCCCAGAAUGUUCUGUGGUCCAGCAGAGCCCCCAGGUGGCCAAGGUGACUUGGAGCGGAGUGGUGGUCCUCAUUCAGACAGUGGCUCAAACUCUCCUAUAUGGGAAAGAGAUCGCAGGGGACCCCCACCAGAACCCCCUGGCCCUCCUGGACCCAUAGGACCUCCAGGCUACCUGUUCUCUGAACCAGGAGGGCCUAUGUACAGGAGACCUCCACCUCCUCCAGGAGCACUGGGCCUUUUGCCUCCUCCUGGCUGUCUCCCACCCGGCCCACGUCUUCCUCAUCCCAGGGGUGUCACUUCUGCUGCUCCACCAGGAGCUCCCCUCCCUAAAGACAUGACAGAUGGUGCGCAUAGAGAAAACAGCUUUGGACCAGGUGAACUGGAACAUAGUGAGUCUGGUCCCGGUGAACGAAGGAGUCCCCCUGAAGCACAUUCAUGGAUGGGUGGCCCACCCCCUCCUGAUUUCUACCCACCAAAGGGACCUGGGGGUCCUCCUAUGAUGCCUAUGUGGGCUCCUCCACCCCGAGGAAUAAUGUUCCCUUCUCGCUUCCCUCCCCUUGGACCUCCUCUUCAACCCGCUCCUUGCCCUCACUAUGUACCCCCCAUGCGGCCCCCUCCACCUGAUGGAUUCCCGCUUACUUCCAUGGGUCCUUCUCCUUCUCAGCAGUCCCUCCCUUCCCCACCACAUAGCCAGUCACCAGAGGAGUACACGCCCUCACCUGAAGAUGCCAUUUGAGCCUGAUCAAGUUUCUACUUGAGCUGUGAGGUGAUGUGUUUCUGGAAAAAAUGUAACUCUGUGGUAGAUGGACAGCAGUCAGGUUGCAAUUUUUACCUUUCCAUUUUCUGUAAAAUCUAUUUAUUAACCAGGAGGAUGUGCUGGAUGAAGUGUGUUAGUGAAGGUGAGCCACCAGCCUUCAUUUGCCCACUCUUUUGUCUCCCUGCUUCAGUCUUUCUCUAUUCAUAUGCUCUCUUGCUCUCUCUCCUGCCUGCUUUCUUUCUGUUAUUCUCAUCUGCUCUGUCAUCAUCCAGCUACAUCUGGCGUGGUUCUAGUUAUGAAGUCACAGUGACAGCAGUUAGGUUGUGUUGUGUAAUUUCACAAGCACCCUAAUCUGUACAUGUGCAUGGGAAUGUUGCCAUGUGAACCAGAAAUGGUUGCUUGUUUGCUUGACAAUGUGGAAAAGCUUUUGAUGGGACUUCAGUUGAAAUGUGUGCAUUUUGUGCUGCAUGUUUCGUAUGUGGCAGUAUUUGACUUAUGGCAUUAGUCAGCAUUUCAUCCCAAUGCACAGAAUAAGAAAUUGAGAUAAUCAAGGCCUAAAACAGUGUAUUUUGUUUUACUGGUGUCAUCUACAUUUAGCAAUGUGUUGUACUCUUGGUUUCAGCAACACUUAAACCAGGUCACAUCAGGCCUUGUUUUGUCUGUGACUGAACUGAAUUGAUUUUAAAGUCUUUUAAAUAUUUCUCAAAGGUCAAAAUGAGACUGUUUCAUAACAUAAUUACAUGUAUAACUUCAAAUGUAUGUAUAAUUUCACUCACUUCCCUGUGGGAGCUUAAGAUUUGGAACAGAGGAUCAACAGUGAUCUUGUUACACUGACUUGCAUAUGGCCCAUGCUUAAGAAAAAUGGCUUAUAGUAGCCACUGCAGCUGAAGCAAGCUGGGUGGUGAAUUCAUGGACUGACGUCAAAGCCAGAAAGAUGACAACUGUGUGAAUUUGGUAAAAAGUGAUUAUUAAUAGAUUAUUAAAGACUGUUCAUUUA